AUGCUGGCUGUGCUUGUGAUUCGCUUCAGCACCACAACGAAGCACAGCGCUGCCACAGCGCAUGGUGGCCGACAGCUUUCGAGUGGAGACACUGCAAACCGCUUGCAUGUGUUGACAAACGACCACGUCAAGCCAGUGCACCUGAAGCCCAACGCCACAGCCGCACCCAACGAACACAGCGUGGCCGACUUGAACCGACAGCCGACGGUUGUGGAGAACAGCGCCAUCCACAGCCUGUUGUACUCGGGCAGCAUCGCCUCUUUCCCUCCGUUCCACAAGCUGGCUGAGCCACCGUUCUUCAUCUCCCUCGUGCCUGACAACACAGCGCUGAUGCACCUGUGCCUGAGCCAUCUCGGAGACUCAGACUUGCAGGAGUGCAGCAGCACAGGACAGGCCGCGCGCCACCAACUCUUCUUGCUGUCAUCAGAUGGGCACAUUGGGUUUGAGGUGAAGGGGGUCGGCCACUACUGUCUCCAAGCCAGCAACGAGCUCGAGCGUGGCAACAACGACAAGCUUGGUGAUGCGGACGAGGCCAUCCACUCCAACUUAGAAGCGACCAAGGGAACGUCCCUGGCUGCUAAAGAUACCGUCGACACCUGGCAGUUUGUGCCGGGCACGGGCCUCGUUCACGACCGCACUGGCGGCUGCCUCACCUACCACUACCCGUCGCAGAUCACGCUGGAGCCGUGUGGGGACCGGGGCAGCCAGUGGAUGCUGCGCACGGACUUCAACAACGAGACCCGCCCCAUCCCUCGCGACUGGGACAGCGAGCUGGCGGCGCUGGCAGAGCGCAGAGACAGACAGGUCAAGCCGCUCAUCGACCACGUGCGACACGUGGCAAGGAAGACACCAAAGCUGAUGCACCGUGCCCUGUCGCGUGCGGCAAAAGGACCACAGGGUGUCGGUGGGCGGCGUGCCGUCGUCUUCUUCAUGGAGCCAAACGCCAUGCUUGCGAUGCAGGUGCGGUGGUGGCUCAAGGCGUGGCAUGAACUGAGACUUGACGAGGCAGAUCAGCGCAUGGAUGUGCUCAUCAUGGGCAAUGGCGAUGACUUUGAGUCACUCCAGUCGCUUGGCUGUGAGAUGAAGCGGCUUGGCACGCAAACGACGAUCCCAGCCUCGGAUGCACACGGUGUGUGCUGGCUGUUCCCUUUCCAAGGCAUCAACACCCGCGAGCCUGGGAAGCAUGAUCGCUGGUUCAACAGCUUGGAGGUGUUGGUAAACGAGAGGACGCGGCCGCUGCUGGAGCAGUACGACCAGCUCUUGCGCGCAGACGCCGACACGCUGCCCACACCCAAGAUGCGUGGGUAUUGGUCCGAAAAGCUGGUGCUCAGCCUCAAUGCUGGCUACGCAACGCGGUAUGCGGACGCCAAGCUGGCCACACUUGCAGGCCUUGUGGGAUUUUUGUGGCAGGAUCUUCGCAACAUUGGGUCGACGUUCUACGGGCCGACGCAGAGCGUGCUGCAUCUGGUGGAGCUGACCAUCGCCGUCGGGGAGCUGCUGCGCAAGUACACGUUUGCGCCCGGCACGGGGUGCAUGCUGCCGCCCAAGCUGCGGCCGGCAGACAUCGACUGCGAGUGGGGCUCAGGCCUGUGGCUUGGCGUGUCACUGCUGUACUCGCAGCAGAUUGCGGCAAACCACAUGGUUGGCAGCGGGUUUCCAGUGCACCUGUUGCGCGAUGCCCAGUUUGACGUGCGCACGGACAUGAAGUUUGACAUCUGCGCCGUGAAGAUGCUGCACGUGUACCACAACCGCGAGCGCUUCUCCAAGCUAGCUCUGCACGACGGCGCGUACAAGGACUUUGACAUGUCCAACCUGGACCUGCAUGUGACACGCGACUUUAUCACGUACUUUGCACUCACUGCGAACAACCAAGGCAUGAACGGCGACGUUGCUCUAACGACCGCGGGAGACCCCAGUCUCUUGUGUGGUUGA